AUGUCUAAUAGGUCGUUGUCAUUCGAAGAUCUAAGGACAGUGAACGGAGUUCUGGCCCCAACAUAUCGUGAGGCAGCGACGAUGCUUGGGCUGUUACAAAGAGACAACUGCUUGGAAGAUUGUUUACAUGAAGCAUCUCUAUACCAAGCGCCUUCGAGUCUGAGACGACUAUUCGCAACGAUAUUAGUUUAUUGCAAUCCAACGAACCCUAGAGACCUAUGGGAACGUUACGAGGAAGAAAUGUCUGCCGAUUUGAAAUCUGAAGAAGAUUCUCUAUCUAUUGUGAGAAAUGAAGUUCUAAAGUCCAUCUCUUCUACAAUAGAAUCCAUGGGAAAAGACAUCAAUUCCUACCAACUUCUUGACGAGGACAUCUCGUUCGAUGACGAUGAAGAAUUUCAAUCUAGAGAAAUCAACGAUGAAUUGGGAGUUGAAAUACCCGAAGAAGAUAUAACAGCUUCCCACUCCCUAAAUGCAGAGCAACGACAAGUGUAUAAUGCAGUGAUGGAACAUAUUUCAUCAAACAAAGCACAAGCGUUCUUCGUAGAAGGGCCAGGAGGGACAGGAAAAACAUUCUUAUACGAAGCUCUAUUAGCAACAGUAAGAUCGAGAAACCUUGUGGCACUUGCAACUGCUUCAUCGGGUGUUGCCCCUUCCAUUCUCCCAGGGGGUCGUACAGCACAUUCACGUUUUAAGCUUCCACUUGAUGCCAACGAAACAACCUCAUGUUCCGUUAGCAAACAAAGUUCUCUUGCAAACCUUCUACGAGCAUCGAAAUUAAUAAUAUGGGAUGAGGCUCCAAUGACAAGAAAACAACACAUAGAAGCAUUGGAUAAAAUGCUACGAGACAUAAAUGAUUCGGACACACCUUUUGGUGGAAAGGUAAUUAUUUUUGGAGGAGAUUUUAGACAGGUAUUACCUGUUGUCCGAAAAGGAACAAGACAGGAGCAGGUAAAUUCUAGCUUGGUUCACUCAUACUUGUGGCCCACCUUCACCAAGUUCCACCUAAUUGAAAAUAUGAGAGCAAUACUGGACCCAAUAUUCUCUGAUUACAUAUUGUCGGUCGGCAAUGGAAUGCCACCGAUCACCGUCAAUGACACCUUACAAAUCCCAAGUAAUAUGCUCAUUCCUUAUCACGACGACAACACAUCUUUAUACAUCCUAAUAGAAAAUGUCUUCCACAACAUCCAUCACUACCCAAAAAAUGUGUCUACCAUGAUGAAUCGAGCUAUAUUAACACCAAAGAACUCUUUUGUCGAUGAAAUUAAUUUCAUGUUAAUUGCACGUUUCCCGGGAGAAGCACAUCACUACUACAGUCGAGAUGAGGCUAUAGAUAGCACCGAGCAAUCAGUUAUGGAAGAUUUCUUAAACACUCUUACACCAAACGACCUUCCUCCACAUGAAUUGCAACUAAAGAGGAAUUGUCCAAUAAUGUUUCUUAGAAACAUUAAUCCUUCAGAUGGACUUUGCAAUGGAACCCGUUUGAUUUGUCGAGCAUUUGAACUAAAUGUGAUAGAUGCUGAAAUUGCUGUAGGACACCAUAGAGGAAAAAGAGUCUUUAUACCAAGAAUACCAUUCUUACCCAAUGUGGAUGAAAAUAGCGGCUUUCCAUUUAAACGAACACAAUUCCCCAUAAGAUUAAGUUUUGCUAUGACAAUAAACAAAUCGCAAGGCCAAACGUUAGAUUAUGUUGGAGUUUAUUUGCCACAACCUAUUUUUUCACACGGUCAGUUAUAUGUGGCAUUGUCAAGGGCAAAAACAUCGUCUACAGUGCGUGUAUUAAUACGACCUGUGACCACAGGCCAGCAUGAUAAGGACUGCACCAAAAACAUAGUCUACACAGAGUUAUUAGAAUUAUCAAGUUCAAACUAA